GCAUGCAGUGCGGCUCCCUCAGACAGACGGGAGAGAGAGAGAAAGCAGUAAUGGCGGCCGGUUAGCUCCACACACAAACACCGUCCGCAUCCAGCCGCACUCAGCGCAGCGCUCCGGGGGCAGCCGGCAUCACAUACCGCGGCGGAGCUAGUGACACGGCCACGGAGCGGAGACACGGGCUUCGGGGGCGGGAAUCGUCCGGCGGACCGUUGGAUCCGGAGACUUUCCUUCUACUUUUCUAAAAAAAAAAAAAAAAAACAUGGACGAGCUCCCCGGCGGAGGAGGAGGAGGAGGAGCAGCGGGCUCGCCGAGACAGCAGCAGCCUCCGCCGCAGCAGCAGCAGCAGCAGCCGGGGAGCAGUACGCCGAUCGGAGCCGGCGGAGGAGGAGGCGUCAUGGUGCCACACCAGCCCGACGAGCUGCCCCGGCCGCAGCAGCAGUACACCAUCCCCGGCAUCCUGCACUACAUCCAGCACGAGUGGGCCCGCUUCGAGAUGGAGAGGGCGCACUGGGAGGUGGAGAGGGCCGAGCUCCAGGCGAGGAUAGCGUUCCUGCAGGGCGAGAGGAAAGGUCAGGAGAACCUGAAGAACGACCUGGUUAGAAGAAUAAAAAUGUUAGAAUACGCACUAAAGCAGGAAAGAGCGAAAUAUCACAAAUUAAAAUAUGGAACAGAGUUAAACCAAGGAGAGAUGAAGAUGCCAAGCUUUGAAUCAGACACCAAAGACUCAGAGGUCUCUGCUGUUCCUGCCAACAGUCAGCUCACCUGGAAACAAGGACGGCAGCUACUCAGACAGUACCUGCAGGAGGUGGGAUACACAGACACCAUCCUGGACGUUCGUACUCAGAGGGUCCGUUCGCUGCUCGGCCUGUCAGGUUCUGAGCAGAACGGAUCCGUGGAGAACAAGAACCUGCAGCACCUGAUCAAUGGGACGGAGCGGCGCAAGGACAGCAAGAGAAGUCCAGGCGACGUUCUGGAGACGUUCAACUUCCUGGAGAACACAGAGGACAGCGACGAAGACGAGGACGAGGAGGGAGACCUGAUGGACGACAUCAGCACCGACAAACACCACAGAGCGAAGAAACACAAGACCAAGGUGGGAAACGAAGGUCUGGCCUCGGAGGACGACGCCGACACCGAGGAGGCUCUGAAGGAGUUCGACUUCCUGGUGACGGCCGAAGACGGAGAAGGAGCCGGAGAGGCCCGGAGCUCCGGAGACGGGACGGAGUGGGCGGAGCCUCUACCGUUUCCCACCGGCGGGGGUAAAUCCUUCCUGCUGGGGGGUUCAGACGACGUGUUGGAGAGCGUCCUCGGUCUGGGCGACCUCGCCGACCUCACCGUCACCAACGACGAGGCCGACUACGGCUACGACCUGCCGUCCAAUAAGGAGUCUUCAUUCAGGAAGACCUGGAACCCCAAGUACACGCUGCGCAGCCACUUCGACGGCGUCCGAGCGCUGGCCUUCCACCCGGUGGAGCCCUGCCUGGUCACCGUGUCCGAGGACCACACGCUGAAGCUGUGGAACCUCACCAAGACCGUCCCUGCCAAAAAAAGUGCCUCUUUUGAUGUGGAGCCCGUCUACACAUUCAGAGCCCACGUUGGUCCGGUGUUGUCGUUGGCGAUGACCUCCAGCGGUGAGCAGUGCUUCAGCGGCGGCAUCGACUCCACCAUCCAGUGGUGGAACAUCCCGAGCUCCAACGUCGACCCCUACGACACCUACGAUCCCAGUGUGUUGGCGGGCUCGUGGACGGGUCAUACAGACGGCGUGUGGGGAUUGGCUUACAGCGGCAUCAAGAACCGCCUCCUGUCCUGUUCAGCCGACGGAACGGUGAAGCUGUGGAACCCCACGGAGAAGAACCCCUGCAUCAGCACUUUCAACACCAACAGAGAGCACGGCGUCCCCACGUCGGUGGACUUUAACGGCUGCGACCCCGCCCACAUGGUGGCGUCCUUCAACAGCGGGGACGUGGUGAUUUACGACCUGGAGACUUCCCAGAAUGCACUGGUGCUGAAGGGGCAGGGAGACAGCACGCUGCCGGGGGCGAAUCAUAUCAACAAGGUGGUGAGUCACCCCACGCUGCCCGUCACCAUCAGCGCCCACGAAGACCGACACAUCAAGUUCUACGACAACAAGUCAGGUAAAGUGAUUCAUGCGAUGGUGGCUCACCUGGACGCUGUGACCAGUCUGGCUGUGGAUCCCAACGGCAUCUACCUGAUGUCUGGAAGUCACGACUGCUCGCUGCGUCUGUGGAACCUGGACAGUAAAACGUGCGUCCAGGAGAUCACGGCUCACCGCAAGAAGAGCGAGGAGGCCAUCUACGACGUGGCCUUCCACCCCUCCAAGGCCUACAUCGCCUCAGCCGGAGCCGACGCCCUCGCCAGGGUCUACGUCUAAACCAGGAGGAGGAGGAGAAGGAGGAGGAGGAAGAGGAGGACCGCCGGGCGAGAGACUCAGAGAGAGAGAGAGAGAGAGAGGUCGUCUGUUCAGGUGUGUUCAGGUGUCUGAACACGGGUCGUAGAGUGAAACCACAGACUGGAGGUGACAGAUCUCCAUGGCGACUGAACACACACACACUCACACACACGCACGGUUUAAGUUAAGAGCUGCGGCCGACUGAAGACGCCUGCAGGUGAACAGCUCACCUGUGCUACACUACAGGCCCCGCCCCCAAGGCCCCGCCCCCUUCCUCCCGUUAACACUAGUGUGAGCCGACAGCAGAGACGAGAGAAUUAAAGGAAAAAUCCCCAAAAAAAGAGUCCUUCUGCUCAGUAAUCUGUGGUUUCAUCCAAACUUUUAUCUGAAGAUUUAAAACAGGAAGUUUUUUUUUUAUGUCUGAGACUUUUCUUUUAAAAAUCCACAUUUUUGGGGCAUUUUUGUCAUUUUGUGACCAAGUAUUUCACGUUAAAGUAUUCUACAUGUUUGGUUUUACUGUGACAUUAAACUAAACAUGCUUCUGUAUUAUUGAUUAAUAUUUAGCUAUUAUGAACUCAAACUUGGAAUGUUCCGGUAUUUUUCCUGAUGAUGUCACUCAGCUGUAAUCACAUGAUUUUAUUUUCUAUAUUCCAGAAUCAGUGACAUGAUGAGAAAUCAGAUUCAGGUUGUUACCUUGUUCAAACAAAACCGAAGUAAAAAACAUGAUCUCAGAAAGUAUUUGAUAUUUCAAGAUAAAAGCUUCAUAAAUACUAUUUUAAAUCUUCAGAGUUUCUGAUCAGAUGAAAGUUUCACAUGAAUCUGCCUCCUGAAGGGUUUUAGUUCAUUAGUAGAAUUUCUGAGCACAAAUCGUGGAUAAAUUUGCACCUUUAUGACAUAAAAACACUGCAGACAAACAUGUAGCCCACAGCGCCACCUUCUGACAGAACACACACUGUCAACGCCAUAACGAGACUUUUAUUUUGAAACCUUACUUCAGAUUCCUUCUCCAGUUUCAUGGAAACAACAGUUUAUUAUUUUAAUCUGAAUAUUAAAGAUUUGAUUCAAGAUUUUUGGCUCAUUUUAGACAGAAAACAAACACCAGAUACAGUGAAAAUGAAAUGAGAAAACAGACAAACAGCUGGAAUGAAGGUUUAAAUUAGUGCUUAGUGUGUUUCUGAAGACGUUUUCAUGAAAUAUUCAGUUAAUCAGUUUUUAAUUUUGCUUUAAAAUGUUAAAAAUGUGUCCUAAAUGUCUGGUUUUGGCCAAAGAUCUUCAGUUUACUGAUGUAGAAAAGGGAAAAAAAAUGAAAUAUUCACAUUUACGAAGCUGAAAUCAGACAUUUGAACUUUUAUUAAUCCAGAAAUUAUUCAGAUGAUUCAUCAGUGAUCAUAAUGGUCAGUAACUGUCAGUUGAUUGAUUAUUUUCUGCUGCUGUGACUGAGUUUCAACUGGUGGUUAAAGUAAAGAAGACAUUUGGUUUGAACACUGAUGGACAUUUUGGAGACGAAACAGCGAAAGAAAUCCAGAAACUAAUCAGCUGAUUAAUCAACAAUGAAAGUCAUCAUCAGUUUUUUUUCUCUAAAAAGGCUAAAAAUCAGAUUUAAUAGAGUUUUCUCUUGGAUUUCUGCUAAAAUCAGCACAAUUCUAAGCAGAGAGUCUGACUGGAUGAACUGGUCGACUGUUUGCUUCCAAAAUGUCAGAAAAUGGUUAAAUGUCUGUUUUAGUCCAAAGAUCUUCAGUUUUCUGUCAUAAACCAGAAACGAUUUACAUUUAAGGAGCUGAAAUCACCGAAACAGUUUGUUUUUUUCUUUCUUUUUUGGUUGGUUGUUCACCAGACUUCACUGCCACUUCACUCAGUCUGGAAGUUCUUCCAUCAGAAAAUGUCACUGAACUGUUUAAAAUCACUUUAAACUGGUUUUAAAUUCUGUGAAGCUGAGAGGAAAACAAAGUGAGCAGAACAUGAGCGGGAUUUUUCCUUUAAGCCUCAAACAGAACAUCUGACGUUUGAACGUUUUUUCUGUUUUUAGGAACUCAAAUCUUGGUCAGGUUUUAACUUUUUUACCGUUUUUAAGGAUAAAUCUGGAGGAGCAGGAACGCUGAAUGCUGCUGGUUUUCUUUCCCACCGCGACGCUUUGAAACUCAGAUUUCCUGUUUGUGUCUCUGAGAGCAGCUGAUUGGCUCGUGCUCCCCGACCUCAGCCCCUGGUGGGCCAAUCAGAGCCCAGCGACGGAGGGUCAGACGUUACUGUAGUAUUUUCUGUUUGUGUAAAAUAAAUCUAGUUUUUAUAAUCCUUUUUUAUAAAUGUUCAGCACCGAGGACGACUCUGGCUCCUCCCACCCGUCCAGUCCGACACCCCGUGGCCCCGCCCAUCUACUUCCUGUUUCCCCAUCGCAUGGUGACUCACAGAAACCGCCUCCGUCUGAUUGGUCGACAGUGUGUGAGGAGGAGGAGGAGGAGGAAGAUGAGCUGUGACUAAAAUAAAUAUCAAACUAAAUAUGAAAUCAUUUAUUUUCAAGUAGGAAAAUAAACUUUUAUAGACACAUUUUCACCGUUCAGAAUUCAGUUUAAAUCCUUUUUUAACGUCUGUUAGCUGUGGCUAACUGCUAAAAGCCAAACUAGCACAUAUAACAGCAUGAAGCAGCAGCUAGUAGCUUAGCUAACAUGAAACAAACUGAGAAUCUAAAAACAUCAAGAAGUGCUCUCAUAAUUAAUGUUGCUUUAAUCACUGCCGGCUUAAUUAAACUAGCAUUAGUUCAGAAACGUUUUCAUUGUAAAGCUGCUGCUGAUUGACGCGGUGCUAGCAUAGAUGCAGUUUUAAAGGAACCAUAAGUUUGAAAGCAUCAGUGCAGCUCUGAGAAGGAGUUUGACUUUUAAAAAUACUGUGACGCAUGAAAGAUCCUGAAGCUGCUAAGAUCGAAACUUCAAGAUAAAACACGACUAAAGUUAAGCUGCUGAUUAUUUCACCUCAGAAAACGUGACGCUGCUUUCCUCACAAACAAUCUGACAUUUAUCCUUAAAAAUAGUUUUUUUUCAUUAAAAAUAUCUGCAUAAAUCUGGUCAAAUGACAAGAAUAAUUUAAUAUUUAGUAAUAAAUAAUUAGAAACUGUUAUAAAAACAUUAAGAAUCUGAUUGAAUAUUGUUUCAAAUCACUGGACGGAUGAACGGAAACCAUAAAACAGACAAAAGAAAAUGUAAAAACAAUAAAAUAAAUGAAAUAACAGCAGAAACAGGAUAAACCAGUGAGUUUCCAGUUUUCCGGCUGGUGAUCGGUCCCUGAACGCAGCACAGCCUCCUCGCUGCUCCUCUUCCUCCUCUUCAUCUUCAUCACUGUGUUCGUCUCCGUCGCAGCAGAUUUAACUUAUUUAUCAGGAAGUGAAACGGUCCAAUCAGAGGCCUCCUGGAGGAGCCGCUCUGAAAGCUGCCGUCUGAUUGGCUGCUCCGUCGUCGUCAUGGCAGCGGUUCGUUCUGAUCACGUUUUCUUUCACAAACGGUUUAUUUGUUUUCUCUCCACCGACGCUGCGACUUCCUGUGUAACUUCCUGUUUGUGUACUGCAUGAUUAAUACAAUAAAAGUAUUUUUUCUAGUCUUCCAGAAAAAUGGAAAAAAAAGUUCUGAUCAGUUUGCGAGUUUUGAUGAGUUUUGUAAGUUUUUUUUUUUGAUUUCCAAACUAUGAACAGCAGAUUUUAAAGACUGUACCACAUAGCAGAAUACAGCUGUUGAAAUGUAUAUAAAAUGUCUAUAAUAACUAUUAAAUGGUGUAACUGUA